CUGUGCUCCAGGCUCUCAGGCUGUGCUCCACACUCUCAGGCUGUGCUCUCAGGCUGUGCUCCAUGCUCUCAGGCUGUGCUCCAUGCUCUCAGGCUGUGCUCUCAGGCUGUGCUCCAGGCUCUCAGGCUGUGCUCCACACUCUCAGGCUGUGCUCUCAGGCUGUGCUCCAGGCUCUCAGGCUGUGCUCUCAGGCUGUGCUCCAGGCUCUCAGGCUGUGCUCCAUGCUCUCAGGCUGUGCUCUCAGGCUGUGCUCCAUGCUCUCAGGCUGUGCUCCAUGCUCUCAGGCUGUGCUCUCAGGCUGUGCUCCACACUCUCAGGCUGUGCUCCAUGCUCUCAGGCUGUGCUCCACACUCUCAGGCUGUGCUCUCAGGCUGUGCUCCAUGCUCUCAGGCUGUGCUCCACACUCUCAGGCUGUGCUCUCAGGCUGUGCUCUCAGGCUGUGCUCCAUGCUCUCAGGCUGUGCUCUCAGGCUGUGCUCCAUGCUCUCAGGCUGUGCUCCAUGCUCUCAGGCUGUGCUCUCAGGCUGUGCUCCAUGCUCUCAGGCUGUGCUCUCAGGCUGUGCUCCAUGCUCUCAGGCUGUGCUCCAUGCUCUCAGGCUGUGCUCUCAGGCUGUGCUCCACACUCUCAGGCUGUGCUCCAUGCUCUCAGGCUGUGCUCCACACUCUCAGGCUGUGCUCUCAGGCUGUGCUCCACACUCUCAGGCUGUGCUCUCAGGCUGUGCUCUCAGGCUGUGCUCUCAGGCUGUGCUCUCAGGCUGUGCUCCAUGCUCUCAGGCUGUGCUCUCAGGCUGUGCUCCAUGCUCUCAGGCUGUGCUCCAUGCUCUCAGGCUGUGCUCUCAGGCUGUGCUCUCAGGCUGUGCUCUCAGGCUGUGCCCACGGGCUGUGCCCCAAGCUCUCGGCAGCUGGCAGCACGUCCCUGGCUCCCCGCCCACGCUGCCGCAGCACCGAUAAGGUGCCGAAAACACUGUCAGGCCUUUCAGAUAAGAAAGAUUUGGAGCAAGGGAGAGCAGCAGCUCGAGAGCACCGACACUUGUCAGGGUUGUAGCGAGGGUGAUAAGCCAGGUGCGGGAGGCCAGCAGGGGAGCGUGGGCACUGUCUGCCCAGAGCCAGAGACGAGUUAUCUGCACCUCAGCAGCUGCAGCUCUCUGCAGCUCUGCACCUCUCCCUAGCACUCAGGGGCUGUGCCCCCACCGUGUUAACGCCUUCUGGGCACACACUAACAGCUUUGUGGCACCCUUGCUGCUGCCACGAUCAUUCCUAAAUAUUCCCACUUCCUUCUGCAAGGGAGGGUCAGAGGCAGACCGGCAGCCUGAACUCACUGUACAGUCACUCAGUCACUCCUCGUUCUUACCAUCAUAAAGAUACAACAUUACGGCCCAAGUGAAACCUGCAUUGUUUGCUUUCACAAGGGAAGUAUUUCCUACCUAGAAGACAUAAUAAAUGACAAUAAAUGAGUAAGUG